AUGGGCGAUCUUCUCGCGUUGCUAAAUGAUAUCAAAAAUAACGACAACAAAAUGGAAUUUUGCGAAGAUUUCCACCAGCUUCAGAUUAUCCUGAAUGCCGUCAAUCAAUACAUUCACCCGUUCGAUAAGAUCGUCUUCGACAGCGGAAAUGGACCUUACAUUAUUGAAGUUGUUGCCCGUUUGCUUAAGUACCUACGCGUCCAGAACUAUCUCAACCCGGAGAACAAGGUAAACACCCAGUACGAGCCAGAGCUACGCCGGAUCACUAUGUACCUGCUGCUAAACACGGACGUUAGCUUUCGGUAUGACUUGAUACAGGAGCCGCGGGUCAACCAUGUGCUAAAUAGUCUGCCCCAGCUGACCAAGUGCCUGCUAAUGAACUGCAUCUGGGGUCUCGAUCUGGACCGUUUCUUCUACGAGAUGUUGCGCUACGCACCACUCUGGUUCUCGAUGCAGUUCAUCGACCAGGCGAUUGUUAGCCUUAAGUACGGCAAACCACACGAGGUGCUGAUUCGGAUCGAAUCGAUGGUGUGCGCUAUCUAUUUCGCCAUGUGCCGUACGGAUGUCGACUGGCAGAAUGUGAAUCGCAGCGAGUACGUCAACCACCAGCGGACGCUCGCCCGGAUGAGUGAUUACGUUGGAGAGAUGCUGCGAUUCGUCAACACGCCGGAAGCGUCCAAGUUCGAAGGUUGGUCAAAGCUACGCAAACAUCGCUAUUUCGGGUUUGUGCUGAAACACAUGUUCAGCAUGACGAUGGCAUGUCUUGAUUUGUACUUCCGUAAACCGGCCAUCCCAGUCGAUCCGGCCAUGUCUGUGUACCAGCUGAUGGAUGACGUACACGUUGACAAACCGGCACCUGUCGAAUAUUCCCAGGCGACGGUAGGGACGCUGCUCAAGAUCAAUCACUUCCUGCUAAAUACGCUCGAGAUCUGCAUCAUGCACGUGUCGCUAGAAUGCUUCUGUUACUGGGCUGAAAUUAAUCUGUUCAAGGACGGACAGGAAUCGGUAACGCUUCAGCAGAUCAUUGGCGAAUCGGCAUACCGCCUUUGCGAGGAGCUGAACUCACACAAACACUUCCGCCACAGUAUCGUGCGGCACCUGACACAAUUCGCGCUGCGCCCGAAGACGCUCACGGAGAAGGCGGCCGUGCUGAAUUUGGGCACGCUAAUGAACCGCUUCGAAAGUGCCCACUCGGUAGAGGAGCGGAUGGUGUAUCUGAACGAGUUUAUCAACCGUGGCGAGCAGGUGUUCGACAAUGCCGAGUGUCUGGAAGUGAUUGAGCAGUACUGUGAUCUGCUAACGGCCGCUCACCUACGAUCGAUGAUUGAGUUCGAGAAGAACACGCCGAUCGAGGGUUGCGACCUGACGGACGAGCGGGUGAAGCUACGACAGCUAAUCUUGCGUACCGUUGGUGAGUUACCACCGUCCGAAUUUCAUCUCGUUCUCACCCACAUAACCAACACGUUCGGGAAGGAAUUUGAGUGGUACGACAAUUCCGACCUGGUACCGGCCAUUAUACAGCUGGUUAAUCGGCUGCAGAAACCCUCCGGCGAGAACUCGUCCGACGCUCCAAACGUGCAGAAGCUACUCUUCCAAUCACCGGAAAUAUUUUUCAACACUAUGGUAAAAUCCCUGUUUGCAAUGGCCCCAAAUGGUAACCAGGACCUGCUGGUUGACGCAAUCGUCGAUAUCAUUAUGCGCUACAAAACGAUCGCAAAGCUCCAUCUGCGCGAUCAUCUGACGCAGCUGCUCGUGACCGAUUUUGCCGUUUGCCAUUCGUCAUCACUGCAACGAUUCGCACAGAAGCUGUACGAGAUGAAUCUGUUUGCGGCACACGAGUUUAUGGAGCAGUUUUUGCUGAAAGGUUUAAAGGAGGCAUACGAGCAGAAGCAUGAAUCGGCACUGUAUGCACUGCUCGCGUUGAUGGCAACGGUGUGGCCUUCUUAUUGCGUAAAGAAGCUGAAAGAGAGCGAAAGUACCGCCCGGAAACAAACGUUGCUCAAGGAAGCUGCCACUCAGUUGGCUUUACUAUCCGAUCGAAUGCGGUACGAUUUUCCGCCACCUCUCCAGGACGAAAAUGGUCCAGUUUCACGAAACUACCCCCUGCAUGACAUGGCAUUGGUGUCGAUGGCUACUAAGCAGCUAGUGCUUACCCUCGAUCAAAUGAUAGUGGAGCUUCCGGAUGAAGAUGUGGAAAAAUUCCUUCAGGAGCUUAAAGAAACGGUGCAUAACUUCACCAAGCACUACUUGCACGAUCGUCUACCAACGUUGCCAACCGUACAAACAAACAUGGCGAAAGAUAAAUCGGUCAUGACACUGUCUGAUAGUACAGCUGGUCGGAAGAAAAGAUCGCCCACCUCAUUGUUUUCGCCAGACUAUUUUUCGGAUAAACCUCCCGCAAAGGAUGCUACCGAAGAUUCUAUUAUCACCUAUAUUGUGCAGAUCCUUACACGGUGUACACAGGAAGAAAUACUUGAGCUCGCCCGUUACGAACUGAUCGGCGCCCAUCUUCUGGCCGCUUCAGCCCCAAAGCUAGCCGUGUGCUUUAAGAAACACCCCGCAAACGAUUGGAUGUCUCACUGUAUGAGCAACUACGUCCUGUGUCUGAGGAAUGUACUACUCCCGGCUGAGAAUGAAGGGGGCAAUGGUACGAAGGCGUGCCAGGGCGCGGUAUGUGCCGUAGUCAUGCUGCUAAAGGAUAUGAAGAAGAUUACCGGGUUGCCCGAAUAUAGCUCACUACAGACACAGCUCGCAAUGCUGUAUGAAUAUGUGCAGCGUUCUGCACCGAUGGUAGAGCUGGGUGAGUUAACGUCCUUUCUUCAAGUGGAAGAAUGUCCCAAACCAGUGGUUAUGGAUGUGAGCGUUUAA